AUGCUGCAACUCUAUUUCUGCGGACACAUACCUGCACGGCGACGCCACCACCGCAACUCAUGUUCUGCGGACACCCUGCACGGGCCACACUACACUGCUGCCCUGUUCUGCGACACAUACCUGCACGGCGACGCCCGCAGUGCGUGCUGCGGCGCGGGCGAGCGCAGCAGGUUGGGCGUCCAACACGAUGGCCAUGUUGCACAAGUUGUGCAGCCACACUACACCAUGCUGCAACUCUAUGUUCUGCGGACACAUACCUGCACGGCGACGCCCUGCGGGGCGCAGCGCAGCAGGUUGGGCGUCCACACGAUGGCCAUGUUGCACAAGUUGUGCAGCCACACUACACCAUGCUGCAACUCUAUGUUCUGCGGACACAUACCUGCACGGCGACGCCCUGCAGCGCGUGCUGCGGCGCGGGCGAGCGCAGCAGGUUGGGCGCCCACACGAUGGCCAUGUUGCACAAGUUGUACAGCCACACUACACCAUGCUGCAACUCUAUGUUCUGCGGACACAUACCUGCACGGCGACGCCCUGCAGUGCGUGCUGCGGCGCGGGCGAGCGCAGCAGGUUGGGCGCUCCACACGAUGGCCAUGUUGCACAAGUUGUGCAGCCACACUACACCAUGCUGCAACUCUAUGUUCUGCGGACACAUACCUGCACGGCGACGCCCUGCAGCGCGUGCUGCGGCGCGGGCGAGCGCAGCAGGUUGGGCGUCCACACGAUGGCCAUGUUGCACAAGUUGUGCAGCCACACUACACCAUGCUGCAACUCUAUGUUCUGCGGACACAUACCUGCACGGCGACGCCCUGCAGUGCGUGCUGCGGCGCGGGCGAGCGCAGCAGGUUGGGCGUCCACACGAUGGCCAUGUUGCACAAGUUGUGCAGCCACACUACACCAUGCUGCAACUCUAUGUUCUGCGGACACAUACCUGCACGGCGACGCCCUGCAGCGCGUGCUGCGGCGCGGGCGAGCGCAGCAGGUUGGGCUUCCACACGAUGGCCAUAUUGCACAAGUUGUGCAGCCACACUACACCAUGCUGUAACUCUAUGUUCUGCGGACACAUACCUGCACGGCGACGCCCUGCAGCGCGUGCUGCGGCGCGGGCGAGCGCAGCAGGUUGGGCGUCCACACGAUGGCCAUGUUGCACAAGUUGUGCAGCCACACUACACCAUGCUGCAACUCUAUGUUCUGCGGACACAUACCUGCACGGCGACGCCCUGCAGUGCGUGCUGCGGCGCGGGCGAGCGCAGCAGGUUGGGCGUCCACACGAUGGCCAUGUUGCACAAGUUGUGCAGCCACACUACACCAUGCUGCAACUCUAUGUUCUGCGGACACAUACCUGCACGGCGACGCCCUGCAGUGCGUGCUGCGGCGCGGGCGAGCGCAGCAGGUUGGGCGUCCACACGAUGGCCACGUUGCACAAGUUGUGCAGCCACACUACACCAUGCUGCAACUCUAUGUUCUGCGGACACAUACCUGCACGGCGACGCCCUGCAGUGCGUGCUGCGGCGCGGGCGAGCGCAGCAGGUUGGGCUUCCACACGAUGGCCAUAUUGCACAAGUUGUGCAGCCACACUACACCAUGCUGCAACUCUAUGUUCUGCGGACACAUACCGGCACGGCGACGCUCUGCAGCGCGUGCUGCGGCGCGGGCGAGCGCAGCGGGUUGGGCGCCCACACGAUGGCCAUGUUGCACAAGUUGUGCAGCCACACUACACCAUGCUGCAACUCUAUGUUCUGCGGACACAUACCUGCACGGCGACGCCCUGCAGCGCGUGCUGCGGCGCGGGCGAGCGCAGCAGGUUGGGCGCCCACACGAUGGCCAUAUUGCACAAAUUGUGCAGCCACACUACACCAUGCUGCAACUCUAUGUUCUGCGGACACAUACCAGCACGGCGACGCCCUGCAGUGCGUGCUGCGGCGCGGGCGAGCGCAGCAGGUUGGGCGCCCACACGAUGGCCAUGUUGCACAAGUUGUGCAGCCACACUACACCAUGCUGCAACUCUAUGUUCUGCGGACACAUACCUGCACGGCGACGCCCUGCAGCGCGUGCUGCGGCGCGGGCGAGCGCAGCAGGUUGGGCGUCCACACGAUGGCCAUGUUGCACAAGUUGUGCAGCCACACUACACCAUGCUGCAACUCUAUGUUCUGCGGACACAUACCUGCACGGCGACACCCUGCAGCGCGUGCUGCGGCGCGGGCGAGCGCAGCAGGUUGGGCGCCCACACGAUGGCCAUGUUGCGCGCCGUCAUGCCCGUCGCCUCGCUCAGCAACGACACUCGCCGCAAGUGCCGCAUUAGGUACGCGAGCGUUCUGCACAAAAUUAUUCCUUAUUAGCUGUGCCCGCGACUAA